AUGGUUAUAAAAUUUGUUAAUUUAUCUAUUAUUCUAAAUUCAUGCCGAUCAAUAUUACAAAAUAUAUUAAAAAAAAGAUGUAACUUGGAGUGGCCAUCCAAUGAUAAAAAAGGUGUUUUUAUUUCAGUUAAAUAUGAAAACUAUAAAAGUUUAACAUCUAGCGAACAAUCCAAUCUUACCGCCAUGAAAUUUGAUCGGUUAAAUUUGGAUUUGGUUGCUGAUAUACUUUUAUCAAUUGACCUUAAAACUUUGGAUAAAUCAAUAAUAGUUAAAGAGAAUUUAUCAAUUAAAACAAUUAAAAUUAUAAACAGUAAAAUUAAUUCACUUAAAGAAUUGGGAAACUAUCAAUUAACAGAUAAUGAAUUUAAACUAUUUCAAAAUAAAAUUAAAGACUCCAUUAUUCAACUAGAUCCAUCUUAUCCAAUAAAUGAGAUUUUAGAAUUAGUACCAAAAGAAAUUAAAAUUAAUAAAGAAGAUAGAAUUAAAGUAAAGGAAAUUAAAGAAAAGGGUAAAGAUUUUAUGAAUGAAAUUAAUGAUAGCCAACAUUCAGAUUAUAUCAAAUCAGAAUUAUAUUGUGAACAGGCAUUAGCAAAUAUUGAAUUAUAUAAAAAAAAUUUAUGGCAGCACAUUGAAGCACUUUUUACAAAAGAUAAUGUUGAGCCUAUAUACAGUGCAAGGAAUAAUGCUCUUCAAUCAUGUAUUCAAUGUCCAUACAACUACCGUUCAUAUCAUAUUUUAGGUAUAACAAUGCAAAUGACAGGUCACUAUCCAAAUGCCAUUAACUGCUACAACCAUGCAUUAGAACUCUUAUCAAAAAGCGAUCAAUCUUUAGCACCAACCAAUCAAAUAGAAAUAAUUAAUAAAGAUAAAGAUAUCUCUGUCAAAAGAGAGUCUGAAAGAGUGUAUCUUUCAGAUGGUAGCAGAAAUUUUGAUGCAGAAAUUAAAAGAUUUAUUCAAAACAAUAAAUUCAAUCAAUAUAAUCAUGAAAAAUUACCUCAAAACAAUUUUUCAAAAAGCCAAAUCGCAUCAAUGGUAAUGCAAAGUUCGAAAAGUCCUGCCUAUUGGGAGAGUCGUGGACUUGACAUCAAAGGUAUGGAUUAUUUAUCAACUGAUGACUAUAAAAAUGCAUUUAAAUAUCUUAGCAACUCUGCUCGUUAUUUCCCAAACUCGUAUAUUGGUCUUUCAAUUAUAUAUCAAUUUGGUUUGGGUGUUAAAGAGGAUCAAGAUAUGUCAUUCUCAUUACUCUACGAAGCAUCUCUUCAUGACCCAUUUUUAAAUAUAGGUAACGAUCCAAAUGCAUUAAUGAAUCAAAACACUGGGGUAGCUUCUGCAAUCGUUAGAAUCGCCUCCCGUUUAUAUAACGGUCAAAGAUGUGAUAUAGAUUUACCCAAAGCUCUAUAUUUCUAUAAGAAAUCUGCUGAAAUUAAUGAUUCAGAAGGCUUAGAAAUCUAUGGUGAUAUGUUAUUAAAUGGUGACAGAUUUAUUAAAGAUAUUCAAAAAGAUGAAAAAAAAGCAAUUCAAUAUUUAAAGAAAGCAGAAUCAUUUGGUAUGCAAAAAGCAAGAUCAAUAUUAAGAAUGUAUAAAGAAGCUAAAGAAAAACCCACAAAGAGCAAAAUCACCUCCAUCAAUAAUAAUGGGAAAGAAGAAAAUGAUGAUGAAAAUAAUAAAUCAGAAAAAGAAAUUGCCAUAUUAGAACUUAUUCAAAAAAUAAACUCUACAGGUAUAGACAUAGAGGAUUUAUUAAACAAUUUUGAUGACGAUGAUUUUAAUGAAGACUACUACGGCGAAGACUAUUAUGAAGAUGACUAUUAUGAAGAUGACUAUUAUGAAGAUGACUAUUACGAUGACGAUGACAACAAUCAUAGUUUUGAUUGA